UAUACGUCAUUUUUAGCAGUCACUACAUUUCCCAUGAGAACUCGCUCGGUGGAAACUACACCAGACAAUAUGGCGGGAAUCGGAGCUUUCCUGAGGAAUGCGUGGAACAAGGAGCCGGUUAUUUUGGCUUCUUGUGGAAUUGGACUGGUUGGUGCCAUUCUUCCAUUCAUCAGCCCACUUACAAAAUAUACAGCAAUGUUGAACGCAGCUGUGCCAUACAACUACCCAGUUCCUGUGCGAGAUGAUGGAAACAUGCCUGACAUUCCCGCUCAUCCAUGUGAACCAAAAGGAAGAAACUUGGAUUGGCUCAAAAAUCUAUAACUUCAGAUUUUCUCAUGUUAAUAUCUGUCUGAAUAGUUGCCUCCGAUGUCUGUGUCCAACAAUAAAGAUUAUAUUUAAUUCUA